AUGUAUUUCUUAACAUCAGUGAAGUCCUAUGUUGUCUAUUUCUCAUUGGCCUUUCAGCUUUCUUCUUAUUUUGCAGGAGCAUUGCCCUCAUGCUUCGUGGGCGAAAACGAAACGAUUCCUACUGCUGUAAUUCGUUACGCGGCGUUGGGGGACAGUUACGCCUCAGGAAUCGACGCCGGCAGAAAACUUCACAAUUCCUGUUGGCGGUUUAAAGACAGCUAUCCUAUGCAGUUGAUCCGUUCAGGCGUGCUGGGUCAAAACCACGCUUUCCAGUUUCUUGCCUGCUCGGGCGCAGUGAUGGGUAUACCAGGCACUUCCUUUAGCAAGCAUAAAUCAAUCGAUAGACAGAUAAAGGCCCUCAAACCCUCGGAUCUAGUCACGUUGUCAAUUGGAGGCAAUGAUGCUGGUUUCUUUGAUAUCCUUAACGCAUGCGUUUAUCGAUUCUAUGGCACCCGAUCGGGAAAUUGCAGCGAGCAGCUGGAGAAAUCAAAGAAGCUUAUUUCCAGCGAUGAAUUUGCGGAUGCAUAUCAUAAGACCAUAAUCAACAUAUUAGCCAAAGGGAACGGGCCUCAUUUUCGUCUCCUAACAUUAGGAUAUAGCCCGUUCUUCGACGAAGCCCUUUCUGAUGACUGUAAUAACAGAUCCUUCGGAUUUUGGAAAAUGUGGCAGCCGAAGCUUACGGUGAAUUUACGCCAACAGCUAAACGAAAUCUCCCUCGAACUGAACAACAAGAUUGUCCAUCUCAUCAAGGACUUAGGUGAUGAGCGGAUCGUUUGGGUUGACUGGUCUCCCAAAUUCAAAGAUCAUCUUUUUUGUCAACGGGGUAACAAAACGAUAAGCGAUGGCGACAAUACUUGGUUCUUCGAUGUGGAUUUCAGCUCAACGAACUUGACGAAUGACGACGUGGACGUCGAUGUCGACACUUGCGCGCCACAAUCGCAGUACUCCAGCGAUUGGGGCCACCUAGCCGCUUGUGGGAUCGCGAUGGUCAAUGCGCAAUCUUCGGAUUAUUCACAAAUGCUAUAUCAGAGCUCAAGCGAUGACGAAAACGAGGUUGACGGCGAUAUCUCUGCCGAUCACUAUCCCAAUCAACGUGGUCUGGCGCGUGUCUUCCAUCCUAAGCCGCAAGGAUAUAAGGCUAUUGCAGAAGCAAUUCGGAAUCACUGGCGGCGAAUGCCUUGUGAGCCGGAAGGCCGAGAAAUAAGUCUCACGCUCAGGCCAUCCGCGCCUUUCCCAUUCUACGGGAGACUGCGGAAAACACAUGGCAGGUGCCAUGGUUCACAAGUGUAG